GGGGGGUUGUGGGGUGCUCGCAGUGAUGGCCCAAGGGUGAGGGGGGGGAUGGUCAACCAUGGGGAGGGGACAGGCACGGUCGUUCGAGGAGGCCGACAAGCUCGCACAGCACAAGGUGUGGAGGAAAUGCGUCGUCUUCAAAUAUAUUCGAGUCGAUGAAGACCUUAGGAACUGUGGCACAAAGAUGAUCAAUUGUGUCUUUUGCGGUCACAAAUUCCAGAGGACACAAUUUGUUGUGGCAAGGCACUUCAAACAGGGGAAAGGGUGCCCACAGGUCACAGAGGAGGCACUCGUGGAUAUCCAUUAUUGUACUACCUACAAGAUGGUGGACAAGCAGUUGGAGCGGCUGCAUCAUUACAAGGAGCUUCAAGGUGGUGCGCCAGCUGUGGCUGCGGAUGGUGUGGCAGGAGGGGACGGCAAGUCAGGUGUUGCUGUCGAGGAAGAUGAAGUGCAGGAGGUGGAUGACAUGAUCGAUGCCAAAGGCGAUGCGGUGCAGCAAGAGGUCGAGGAACCUUAUACGCAGCGGCUGGGGAAGGCUAUGGUGGGUGAGAGUUCAAGGAAGAGGAAGGAGAGAGAGGGAGGGGGGAAUGUGGCCCAGCGAAAGAAGAUGAGACAACAUGCGAUCAAGGACGUUCUUGCCUCCCAGUGGCUCAUGUACCACAAGAAGAAAUUUCCACCAUUCGUGUACAACCAACAGAUAGCCUUCACCAUCUUCGGCAACGAUGCUUGGAACGAGUACAAGAGACACUUCGUAGACUUGUCAGGGCCUAUUAAGGUUUUAUGGCCUCAUCACAAUGAGAUCGUUGCGGUUAAGUCUAUGCGUCAGACUGCUGAUGAUGUGGCUGCGGAUUUGAAAGAUGCCAGAGAGCCGUUUUACGUCACGAGCGUCCCGAUCCUGUCAGAUGGCAGGAAGUCUCACGAUCACAGACCAGUUGUCAACUUCCUCGCCACAGCAUCACGAGACGUGUUGAUGAUCAGGAUGGUGAACAAAGAGGGUUCGCGUGAUGACAGGCCUAGUGUUUUGGAGCGAUGGGUGGAUGUUUUCGAGCGCUUUGGCCCAAAAUUAGUCAACGCUAUCUGCACGGACUCAGCGGCAGCGUAUACCGUCACCGCGAACGCAUUGGCCCAUCCCAAGAUGAGGCCACAAUGCAUACGCAUCACUUGGAUCCCGUGUGUGGUCCAUGUAUGCAACAAGUUAUUAUCAGACAUAGGCACAGUGAGCACAUGGAUCAACGACACUAUACUACGGGCCGGGGCGGUCGUGUGGUUCAUAAAAAUGCAUGGCGACACUUUCCACCUUUUCAGGUUGGACAACAAACACAUGAGCCUCACUUACCCGUACGAGACACGUUCCACAUCGGUCUUUGCUAUGUUGGAGCAUCUUAUCGCUGUGAGGCAGGCUUUGAAGAGGACUGUCAACACGGCGGGGUGGAGUCUUGUCUCUUGGGAUGCACGCGUUGAGAGGCUAGCAAGAUGGGUGAGGUGGAAGGUUAGACAUGGGAGAUGGUGGGACAUGAUCGAGACGCUGGUCCGCAUCAUGGAUCCUGUUUACGAUCUGCUGCGGUGGUUGGAUCUCGGUGGUAUGCACAUGUCACUCGUUGUGCCUGGGACAUUGCAACUGCAAAUUGACAUGGCGAGGGAGCUUCGCGUUCUGCCGAUUGUCGUGGCUAAGCGCACCUUCCGAAGGUGCAGCGCGGUGUCAGAUGAUGUUGGAGCCAACACACGCCGUAACUUUCCUGUUAUGCCCUGCCCAUCGCGAUAUGAGGUAUUUUAGUAGCGUGGUCGAUCUGUACCAUGCCAGAUUGGUGAGAGAAGCGGAGGCGUAUAUCCUCAUGCAGUGCGGUUACGACACCAC